ACCAAAGUGUACUCGUUUAUAUACAUAGUGAAUUUUGCUGAAACGCGACACUUUGCCACAAAUCAAAAAUUUGCAAGAAACAAAAACCCAAAAAAUCGUUUCAAAUUAUUUUAAACAUUGUUUCGAGAAAAGUGAAAGUUUAAGGAGAAAUUAGAAUUAUUGGUCUGUGAUAAGUGAUUGUCAUGUCAGAACUUUAUAGUGGAAAUCAGAAAAUAGUUUAAGCGAAAAAGUAAGCUUUCAACAAUAAGAACAUUUAAAGAUCGCAUGAACGCUCCUGAAGCAAACAGAAAACAUCCAAGCAGUUCGGUUUCAUAACUCAACAUUUUAAAAAUUUCUGAAAAAGCAAAGCAGCUACAGAACGGUGCAUAUAUAUAUACACAAAACACUAAAUAUAAAUAAAAAGUUAAUAGACAAAAUACAAAAACAAAUCACUGUUUCCCAGUAAACCAACGAGAGAGAAAUCAAAAUUUCGCGACAAUUGAUUGUUCCUCGCGAAACUCAAACCAAAAAACCGUGUGUAAUCAAAACUUAAAACAAAACACAGCCACCGCACCAACAACACUUGAAUACAAAAACAAAACCUAACAACAAAUCAAACAAAAAUCGAAUUCGAGCAGCCCAACAUUAAGCAAUAAAUAGCCACAAUAACCGCCACCUCCGCCGCAGACGAUCCAGUAAACAUGUUGGCGAUGCCGACUCUCAUGAUGCCAGCCACAGCACAAAUGACGAUCAGCAGCCAACCCCUGUCGGUGGGUGCGCCGCACGCCAAGCCCUACGAGACCAAAUUGCUGACCAUUCAUCAAUCGCAUAUGCAGCAGUCGCACCAUCAGAGCAGCGCUGCGGUUGCUGUUAGUAAACAACAACAACAACAGGCACAACAGGCUCAGCAAAUGUCGGCCAAUCAACAGGCUGUUGUGCAACAACAGCAGCAGCAGCAACAACAACAGGCCGCACAAGUAGCGCAUCAGCAACAACAAGCCGCUGUAGUGGCACAACAACAGCAGCAACAAGCUGCCGCCGCUGCUGUGGCUCAACAUCAUCAGCAACAACAAGCUGCAGCCGCUGCUGCAGCAGCUGCUUGUGUGGCACAGCAGCAGGCUUGCGUUGCCGUGCAACAGCAGCAGCAACAACAACAGCAACAGCAGCAAUAUCAGAUACACUCGCAGCAGCAGUCGCCGCAGCAGGUGAUGAGCAGCAGUUCGCCAAAGCAAGAACAAUUUCAUAUUUUCGUCGGCGAUUUGAGCUCAGAAAUCGAAACUCAACAAUUACGUGAAGCUUUUACACCAUUCGGUGAAAUUUCUGAUUGCCGCGUCGUACGCGAUCCACAAACAUUGAAAUCCAAGGGUUAUGGAUUUGUGUCAUUUGUCAAAAAAUCGGAAGCCGAAAGCGCCAUUACAGCAAUGAAUGGACAAUGGCUGGGCUCGCGUUCGAUUCGAACGAAUUGGGCUACACGAAAACCGCCGGCGAGUAAAGAAAACAUUAAGCCAUUAACAUUCGACGAAGUCUACAUUCAAAGCAGCCCAUCAAAUUGCACCGUUUAUGUGGGUGGUGUCAACAGCGCCUUAACCGCGCUCAGUGAGGAAAUCCUACAGAAGACCUUCUCGCCGUACGGCUCGAUACAGGAGAUACGCGUCUUUAAGGAUAAGGGCUACGCAUUUGUGCGCUUUUCGACCAAGGAGGCUGCCACACAUGCAAUCGUCGGCGUGCAUAAUACGGAAAUCAAUGCGCAGCCUGUGAAGUGUUCGUGGGGCAAGGAGAGCGGUGAUCCGAAUAAUGCACAGACAAUCGCCAGUCAGGCGCUUAAUCCAGCUGCUGCCGCUGCAGCCGGCUUCCCGUAUAGCGUGGGUGCAGCAGCUGCGGCUGCCGCUGCCUAUGGACAACAGUUGGCCGCCACCGGUUGCUGGUAUUCGCCAACGCCAACAUAUUCCGCUUCGUCGACCACAGCGGCUGUAACACCGGCUGCUGCUGCCUCCGCUGCCGCGGUACAGAAUCAAUUCUUGCAAGGCAUUCAGGGAUAUCAUUUCGGACAGUAUGGUGGCUAUCAGCAAGGAUAUAUGGGCAUGGGCGUACAGAUUCCCGCCACUUGGCAAGGCGUUGCCACCCAAGCGCAAAUCUCACCUGCACAACAAUUGGCGACGGGCGUUCCUGGUGCUGGAAUACCGCAAGCUGCCGGCGUCGUCGCCUAUCCGAUUCAGCAAUUUCAAGUGAGCCCACAGUUGCCAGAAGAUGAAUGGUUAGCAGCAAAUUUAAUCUGUUAGUUAUAAGUGAAGUUUUGUUGUAAUUAUAUAAAGACAUGCAUUCAAGAAAUACUUUAUUUAUAUAUAACUGAUUAUACAUAUGUUAUUAAUAUGUAAAAGAACUGUAGUCGGAAGUGUAUAAUUGAUAUGUGUGCGCAUAUAAAUAUUAUUGGCUAGCAAAUAAAUUACUGAUGUUUACAGGCAUAAAUUCAUACUAAAAUGGCGCGAGUGGGGAAAAUAGUUGAAAACACAACAAAUUCAAUGGAACAAUUUCUGAAACAAGCAAAGUAUAUACGAGGUUUGACAAUUAAGUAAUGAGACUGGUUUUAUUGCCGCCCUUGUGGUAAACCUGUGACUUUGAAAUUCCCUUUUUUUUUUUUUCGGCAACCAUCCCUCUCCAUUGGUAUAUGUACCAUCGCUCUAGCUUAUUUAGGUCGCCUGCCAGUUGAGUAGACGUGUGUUUGUAGUGCUCGUCACAAAAAUGGAAAAACGAAAGCAAGAGCAACGCGUCGCGAUGAAAUUUUGCGCCAGAUUGAGCGAAACAGCUUCGGAGACGUAAGCUGAAAUUGUAAGUGUGUAUGGUGAUAGUCGUGGAAACCAAACGCCAAAGCUCACAAUGGCUGUCUCCGCGCGCCCACCGCCCGAGAAAAGCUCGCAUGAGCAAGUCGAAGGUGAAAACGAUGAUUAUUGCCUUUUUUGAUAGCCGUGGAAUCAUCCACAAAGAAUUCGUUCCACCGGGGAAAACUGUGAAUCAAGUAUACUAUUGCCAAGUACUCGAAAGAUUGCGAAAACGAGUCAACAGAGUGCGCCCAGACAUCGCUCGUAACUGGAUCCUUCAUCCCGACAACGCGCCGUGCCACACCGCCCUCAGCGUGUCCCAGUAUUUGGCCUUUAAAGGGAUCGCCGUAUUGCAACAGCCGCCCACUUUGAGUCGAUUACGGACAUCUCAGUCGAAGCGUUCCAAAAGUGUUACGAAGCAUGGAAAACGCGCUGGAAUCGCUGUAUAGCUGCUUAAGGGUACUACUUUGAAGAGGAUGGCAGAGUUGUAGAAUAACUUUCAAAUAUACGGAUUUUAUGAAAUCAGUCUCACUACUUAAUUGUCAUACCUCGUAUGCAGAAUAAGCGAUAAAUUCAUUAACAACCAGCACACAUAUUUUGUCAUUAAUCUUUGAGACCUUAACUUUUUCCUUCUCUUAAUAACUUUGAAGAACCUACGAGAGACUAUCAGCCAACUCUUCUUCUAUAUAUAUGUUUAUGGGGCCUACAGACCAACAUAAUAUUUCACAAUAAAAAAUAUUUCGAAACUUACACCACGCGUUCUAAUUAUGUAAUAUAUACAUGCACACAUACAUAUACUGAGUGGCUUUUGGGUAUGUGAGAGUCCAAUUAAAAUUAUAUCAUAUUUUAUUAUAAUUUUUUUUUGUUAAAUUGCUUCAAUUAUUAUUUAACCAUUCUUAUUUAAUUAUAUCAAAAGCUCAUAUUGUACUAUGUAUACAUUCACAUACAUAUGUACCGGAAUUUAUACACAAUCAACACCCAUAAAUGAGUUACCUUGAUAAUCGGUUUUUUAACAGCAGGUGCAAAGACAUAUAUACACAUAUAAAUAAUUGUGACAAAAAACAUAUGUAUAAUGAUGUAUCAAUUAAAAUGCAAAGCUGAAGUAAUUACAAAAACUUUAAUAAACGGAAAAUAACAAAAAAAAUAUAAAAAAAUUAAAAAAUAAAAGUAUAUAUGUUUAUGCGCAGACAUGUGUGCGAGGGCAUAAUUAUAUUGUGCGUGUACAGAAGAGUAGUGAAAAUGGACAAGAGCAUAAACUAGUCUAUAUACAUAAGCAUGCAUAUGUAUACAUUAAAAUAUAUUUAUAUAUAUGCAGUAUAUAUAUAUACACAUAAAUAUAUAUGUAAGACAUAUUGAAGUACUUAUGAAACCCAUUUAUAUACAUGCAUACUCGAACAUAGCAGCACAUAAGUGCAUAUAACUAUGAAUGUGUAUAGCAGAAAAGGUAUGUAGAUUGUAGCAAAAACAAAACCAAAAACAAAAAAAAACACAACUGUAGUAUUCUUAAAUGUAGCACAAGCUAGUGAAAUUAGUAAGUACGUGAGCAAACGAAUUAAAAAUUAGUGGUGAACAACACGAACACACACAUACAAACCAAAAUAGCUGUAGCUUUAGUGUCACACCGAAUUAUUUGAGGCAUAGACGUGAACAUACACACACACACAUGAGGCUGUUCAAUGUUUCUACGCAUACAAUAGCACGCCAGAUAUACAUACACACACACAUACAUAUAAUAUGCAGCUAUUGCUAUGAUUGACUAUAUAAGUACUUAUAUGCGUACUUAGAAAUAGUUUAGGAGAAAUCCACAUAUGCUAAUGCGGGUUUAAGUGCACACACAUACACACACAUGAGCAUAGUGUGCAAUCUGCCAAAAUAACUGAAAACCACUUUUGUUGUUAAAACACGAAAAAGUUUAAUGUGCAAUUGGCAAUUUAUAUGAACAAAAAAUUUUGUUGUUUAUAGUUUGUACAAUAUAAUGUAUAAAAAAUAAGCGUUGAGUUUUAGGCAGUUUAUAUGAAGAAAAACAAUUUUCAUUAAGUUUGAGGAAAGAAUUCCACAAAUUAUUAGCAAAUGUGGAAGCGGCUGAAAUUUUGUUAAAUUAUUUAAAUGAAUUUUGUUCACAAACAAAACUUAAAAAUUAAUUAUUCAUAAAAAAAUGACAAAAAAAAACUGCAAGCGUAAAUAAACCUGAUACAUAUGUAUGUACAUGUAAGAAACACAUAAAAAUUUGAACUCGAAAAGUAAUUUUGUGAAAUUUAUUUGCUAGCGAGUAUCACCAAGCUAGAAAUGUUAGCAAAAUGGGAAGCAGCAAACAGUUAUUGAAAUAUUAUUUAACAGAAACAAAAAUGCUGGAUGUAUAUACAAUUAUAUAUGUAUUUAUAUAGAUGCAUAAAUAGUACAUAACCAUAGUAGAGUUAGCCAAGCAGCAAAGUGACGUAAAUUAGGAACAAAACUAACCUGAAAAUUACAACAAAAAAAAUCACACAUAAAUAUAAAUAUAAAUAUAAAUAAAAAAAAAAAAUAAUACUAAAUUGCAAAAAUAUUAGUUUUAAGCAGGCAGAAAGAGAAGAGCGUGUUGCAGUUUACGAAAACGCAUUAAAAAAAUUGUUUGUUAAAGUUUGCGCUACAUAUCAGUGAGUAAUACGAAAAUCUAAAACCACAAAAAAGUGUAUAAAAAAUAAUAAUACAAUAUAUAAAUGAAAUAAUAGUAGAAACAUAUAUACAUACACACGUAAAGUAUAAAAGAAGAAGUAAGUCAACGCAUGAUAUUAAUGAAACAAAAACUGAAAAUUAACACACGAGCAAAGUGUGUUUGUUGUGGGAAUUACAAAAUUUGUAUAACAAAAACAAAAAAAAGGUCUAAAGGCUAAUAAAUGACAAAGGAAAUUAAUAAUUAUAUAUUAUAUAAUUUAAUAGCUGCAACAAAUAUAUAUAUAUAUAAGACUAUAUAAACACAGUGGAAAGAAAAUGAAAAAGCCCAACAGCAUUAAAAACAAAUAUUUUACAAUAAAAACAACAAAAAUACACACACACAUGCAACAACCGCAUUGAUUGUGCUAUGUUGGAGGAUUUACCCUAUACAUGGUACAUAUAAGCGUAUAAAUUUAUAUAAUAAUGCAUAUACAAUGUGCAAUUAUUAGGUAUAAUAUACAUACAUGCAUAUAGAACACUAAUUUGCUGAUAUACGUUAGAGGCAAAGAUGUGAAUAAUUAUGUGUAGUAUUUUAGCCAAUAAACCAAAAAAUAUACAAAUAUUAAGUUCCAUAUAGAAAAAAGACACAUAUAUACCUACACGCAGCAGGCAAACUAGAGACAAAAUAACUGAAUAUACAUAUGUAUGUAUAUAAUAUGUUAUACAUGAUUUUUGGUGUGAAAAAGUAAGUAAUUUUUUUAUACUAAACUUGUUGCGUAACAGUGUUUAGUGGUGGCAUCAACUUAUUUGUUUUUGUUUUUUUUUUACUAAACUUCAUACAUUAUUCUUUUUCAUUUACACAAAAUUAUAUUUAAAUUUUUAAAACUAAAUUUAAAUUGUCUUAAAAAGCUUUCUGUGCUAAUGAGUUGUGCUAAAAUAUGUUUAAUGAGUCUGGCAAAAUAGUGUCAAUUUCAAAAAUUGAAAAGUGAAAGCUUUCUAUAAGCUUAAAUAAGCUUUUCUCGCCAUCCUCAAAAAAGCUAAUGAAAUGAAAAUCAGGAAAGGUACGAGUUUUUCUUUUAAAACUUUUGAUUAAUUUUCUAAAGUCGUAAUAGCGUUGAAAGCUCUAUCUACGUUCAUAAAGACUUUAAUAACCGUCUGGUACUAAUUUCCUAGAAUUUCGAUAACUAAGUUUUGCAAAAAAAAACUUGGCAAACUCCUCUGCAAAAUUUAAAAAUCGCUAAACACAUACUCCUUUUUUGAGUUGUGAAAGCUCUUCAAUUCUAGCCAAAACUCGAGCAAUCGGUAAUAGCUAGACGGGGGAACUAUUGGUAUUUUUGCUUUUUGAAGCAGUAAUAACUUUUCAGUGAUUUUACGUAUGUACAUAGUCAUUUGUACCUACAUUAUUUAAAAAAAAACUUUCCUAUCUACAUAUAUUUAACAGUAAGAAUCCAUUGUGAGUACAUAGAUCAGCUCACUGCCUCUUAGUCCAUAUAGCUUAUAAAGUGCCGUGCUUUAGAGCAUAUUUCAGAUGAAAAAGUUCAUCCCAAAAGCUUAUUUCAUUAUAAGAAAAAAAGCUUUUGCUACUCUAAAGCUCGUACUGCUAAGCUUUCAUAUGGAAAAUUUAAAAAUUCAGUUUAUUUCGCUUUGUAACUUCAUUUGAGGCGUUUAACAAAAGCUUUGCUUAUAACAUAAAUAGUUUUCUCGUCCCAAGGAGCUUUAAGGAGCUUUUUAGGCACACUUUUUUUAUAUAAUGUUAUAAGUACAUAUAUUAUUCGAGCAUAUUUCAAUGAAAAAAGCGUGACCUUUCACUACUUCCAAAGCAAACAAACUUUCAUAUAGAGUAGUUAAAACUCGGUUUUACACCGAUUUCAAACGUUUUUAAUAACUAUUCUAGGCUUGGGGACCUUAAAAAAGCUUCUUAAGCACAUCUAUUCGCAUAAACUGCGGUGUGUAAUCACAUAAUAACAUUUUGUUGGAACAAGCUCUAACAUACGCUACUUCUAAAGCUUAGAAAAUGAAACUUUGAUCUCAGCGAAGUAGUUAAAACUCAGACUUUCAUAACUUUGGCAGAUAUAUUGAGGCUUUAAUCAGUAAUAUGUUUAUUUCUUCCGUAAUAUGUUAAUUUUUAUUUAUCUUGUAGCAUAACAUCUAGAAAUGAAACACUGAAAACCGAAUCAUAACUCUCCAAACCAUUGGCUUUUCAACGUAACGUUCCUUUAACUAAGCAUCGGCAUGUUAACUGAAAGUGUUCCAUAAUCACUACUAAAAUAUUAUACUACUAUACUAAUCCAAAGUACUUGCAUAUAUAUUUACUAAGCUCUUAGUUAAUUAAUUAAUACUGUGUAUGUGUGCAACGGUAGUGAAUUCAUUAUUUGAUUUUUAUGAUUUUUUUUCUCUAAAAUAAAUAUUUAUGCAGGUACACCUACGAAGAUUAUCAUAACCACAUAUGCAUAACACGAUAUUUACACAUAUACUUACAUAACUAAACGCAAAAGCAAAAUAAAAUCAAUACAUACAUACAUAAAUAUAUUAAUAGCAUAUAUGUAUACUAGUAAAGGCAAGAAGAAGAAGCAGCAGAAUUAUUUUAAGUACUUUAGUCAAUUUAGUAAGAUUUGAAUGGUAGUAACGGUAGUGUAAUUGAAUAGCCGAGUAGCUUAAAAGUGCUAUAGCAGUAGAUGAAUCCCAGAGCGGCUAUGCUGAGUGACGACGGGCAGUCAAACAGUGAUGCCACAUCUAAGAUAAUUAAUGGAAAACCAGUGCAAUGUGUUGGCGGAGAAGUUGAGGGCAAAUCAAUGUUACAAAUACAAAUAUGAAAACCAAAACCAAUCAUAUAAGAGUAUUAUAUGCAAUAGAAGUAGCAGUAACAACAACAACAACAAAAACAACCACAAGCAAAAUAACUAGCAUAUGUGUAAUAAAUAUAAUUACAAAUAAAAAUACAAAACAUAUAUAUAUAACUAUAUAUAUAUAUUUAUACAUAUACAAACAUAAAUUAAAUGAAAUUGCAAAACAUAUACAUACAUACAGACAUACACGAGUAUAAGUGUAUACAGACAUAGCAUAAAUGAGAUUAGUAAAAAUAGUUGCCGGCAGUGAGGUAAAAGUUUUCAAAAACCAAAAACCAAAAAAAAACAAAAACAAAUAUAUAUAUAGAAGAAAAACCAACCAAUAUAAUAUAUUAGAAAUAUUUGAUACGCAUUACAAUGUAAACAACCGCAUAUACAUAUAUGCAUAUAUGUGUAUGUCAAAGAAAAGUUAGCCUACGUAAACACACAUACAUUCAUACAUAGUCGUAAUAAUAGCAACAAAAAUAGCCACAAGUUAUGCAUUAAACAAUAUGGCAAUGUUUAUUUGUAUGCGUGCAAUUUGUUUGCCGAUAAAAUUGUGAAACUGAAAAAAGAAGCUUACACAGCAAUACAAAUAUUUGACUAAAGUAAAUCAAAAUAGCAAUCAAAAAUAUUUAUGAAACAAACUGACACAUUUGGAAGUUGAGUUAGGUACGUUAAAUGAGCGAGGAAGCUUUUUUCGAAAAUUACUUGUUGGAAAAAUAACUUCAUGAAAGCUUUGCAUUAAGUAGUGAAAGCACAGUUGCUAAAAUAAUUUUUCUUUCAAAAGCUCCUGACCUAAGUAAAUAACUAUAGCUAAAAGAAACUUGUGAAAGCUCCAAAAGCUUAAAAAUUAAGUAUAAACUUAAAAAUCAUUUCUAUUCGUGGAAAAUUACAAACGAUGUAGUGAAAGCUUGAUGAACAUUAAGUUUAAAUUUGAAACUUGGCCAAUAAAAAUGAAUAAAUGAAAUGAAGCAUUAUUGCAAUUGACAAAUAUAUUUACUAAGCCGGUGAUAAAGUUUUUUAGCUACAAUACUUUUAAAUUACCAAUGAAUAGUAAAGCUUAAACGAUAUUUUAUAAUAAAAAAGCACUUACAUUUGAAAUUCUGUGUAAUAUUUGAUUUAAUUUCAAUAAUUAUAUCACCUUUGAAGCUAAGUGAAAGCUUUACGAAAAAUGUUUGACUUGUUCAUUAAAGUUUUAAGCUUAAAAGUUUAACAUGAGUAAAAUGAAUACGGGUGCAUACAAAAUUUGCAUUUUACUAAUACAUUUUGACGCAAGCUUUAGCUAAUGUGCUUUGUGAUUUCAACAAAAGUAUGUAUGCAUAUUUCACAAUACAGUAUUUUUAAAUAAAAAUCAAAUAUAAAAAUUUUCAUAAAAGGAGACACAGCCUUCGAAAGCUUUCACUACAAAACUUUUAAAAAAUGUUAAAAUAUUAUCAAUUUCACUCAUUUUAAAAAAUUAGUAAGUGAGCUUUCAUUAAUGUGAACAGAGCUUUCAAAAGCUUUCACUAAACUUUAACAAAAUAUUAACUAUUCCGCUCAGUUUAUAAAAUUACUAACUGAGCUUUCAUUAUUGUUGACAGAGCUUUCACUGAGCUUUCAUGAAAAGCUAAUAUAUUCUAAAAAGCUAGCAAAAGCAAAUGGUUAAUAAUUACAAUUUAAUAAUAUAUAAGCCUGUGC